UUGUUUUUUGAAACUUCGCUCUUUCCUUGUUUUUCUCCUCUUCAAAUCAUUGUUGUGUUGUCCACUGCUUUGCAGGAUCUGUCUGUUGGAUAGUGACCAUUGAGCCCUAUCCGGAUAUCUAGUAACUGCUUAAUCUAAAACUGUUCCUAAAAAAUCUUCCAAGGAACCGCAGCUAGGGUUUGGGGAAAACUGAAGGGGCUGGACUAUAUAUUCCUAGCAAGCUCUCUUGAACAUCAUCAAUCUUGAGCAGCCCCUUCGAAGGAAACCCCUAAAACUAAUGUCUGCUUCUUCCUCUUUCUCUUGCACUGGUUCUGUUUCUCUCCUUUACAGAGGUAACCGUUCGUGACUGCUGCACUUGGUUGUGGAGAACACCUAACAAAGGAGACGACGUUCAACCUCCGAACGUGCAACUUCCACUGCUACAAGAUUUGACCCAACAGUGGUAUCAGAGCCUAGGUUGUGCGAUCUCAAACAGCCGGCCGGAAAAGAGAAGGCCCAUAUGAUUUCUUGCGUUAAUUUCACGGCCGAUAAUUUCGUCUUCCGGCACAACGCUCGUCAAAUCGCCACCUGCUUUUCUGUGUCGUCCGCGGUCGCUCAAGUUCUUUGCCUUGACUGAUGCGGACGCCACCGCCCGGCGCUGCACCAUGAAGCUGCCGUCGGAGCUCCUACUAUUUGGGAAGAAGAAAUCGCUCUGGGUCUUCGUCUCAGUCUCCUCCUCCCAGUAGCGCUCUUUCUCUUUCUGGAUAUCGAUGGCAAGAGCAUUCAGAUUUCAAUUGCUGAAGUCCUUGGCUGCUGCGAGUCCCCUUACUCCCCUAAGACCAUACCGUUCGAUUCAUACCCGCGGAGCGGUUCGCUGCGCCAGCCUUCUUCCGUGGUCGUCCUCGCUUUCUUCCGUUGCCCACCCGCCUCGCUCAAGGAACGACCUCUUCGCUCGGCUGCCUUACGCUGGCAGUUUAUGCUUUGGUCGUUCCGGUGCUGUACUGCGGAGUUACUCAUCGGAAGCUGCCCCCGGCGGUGAAGAUGACAAGUGGAAUAUCAGCGAGUGGAUCGAUUCCUCAAAGGAGGCGGCAAAGUCGUUGGCUGAUGUGAUGGGCAAGGCGAAGGAGCAGUUUUACGAAGUCGCGUCUCAUAGUCAGCAGUUGAUCGAUUCGUCCCCGUUUCUCAGUGAUGUGGCGGUUCCAGUCGGUGGCACGGGGAUUGCCACGGCGGUUGCUUGGUUCAUCAUGCCGAGGAUACUGCGGAGACUCCACCACUUUUCCUUCCGUGGGCGUGCUUCAUUGUUGUCUAUGAAGGUCGAAGAGAUCCCUUACGAGAAAAGUUUAUGGGGCGCCUUAGAAGACCCUGUCAGAUAUCUUGUUACCUUCGCGGCGUUCACACAACUGGCUGUCAAGAUCGCUCCCACAACAUUUGCAUCAGAACAUGUAUUUCAAGUGUGGAGAGGCGCUUUUGCUGUUUCGAUUGUGUGGUUUCUCUAUAGGUGGAAAUCGAAUGUGUUUGACCGUAUUAUUGCAAGUGAGGGUAUUACUAUUCUGGAUCGAGAUAGGUUGCGGGUCUUUGACAGAUUGUCAUCAGCAGCUCUUCUCGUGUUGGGUCUAAUGGGUACAGCUGAAGCUUGUGGUGUGGCCGUGCAAUCAAUUCUAACAAUUGGUGGCAUUGGAGGAGUGGCCACUGCCUUUGCAGCCCGAGACAUCCUUGGAAAUGUGCUAACGGGUUUGUCCAUGCAGUUCUGGAAUCCAUUUUCAAUUGGUGAUUCUAUUAAAGCAGGUUCUAUUGAGGGCCGAGUGAUGGAAAUAGGCUUAACUACAACUUCAUUGUUGAAUCCUGAGAAGUUCUUGGUAUUGGUGCCAAAUUCUCUUUUUUCAAGUCAGGUGAUUGUUAAUAAAUCUCGGGCCCACUUGUCUGCCAUAAUGACCAAAGUACCUGUUCGUGCUAAUGACAUAGAAAAGGUUCCAAAUAUUUCGGAGGAUAUAAAGUCAAUGUUGAAGUCUCUUCCUAAAGUUGACUUGGAAGCUGAUCUUCCAUACUGUUUUCUUUCACAAAUCGAAGACUCAUAUGCGGAGCUUACUAUUGGAUGCACUGUGAAGGAUGUGAGGAAACAUGAGUUGUAUUCUAUAAAGCAAGAUAUUUUGUUGCAAUCGGUUCAAAUUAUCAAACGACAUGGUGCUGAUCUUGGGAGCACCAGAGAAGGCUGCAAUUAUCCUUGAUGUCAACUGUUUACGAGGUUUGUUUCUCUUUUACAACAUUUUCAUGUAUUUCUUGUUUUCUUUGCCUUUUUUACUCGUUCAUUGUUUGCUGACCUCAGUGUCGUGAAGGCAUUAAUGUAUGUGAAAUUUCACAGCUUUUAUGAGAUAAGUUUUGGUCAAUGGUGUAAAAAUUGUCUCUUAACCUGUAAUGAAAGUGAUAUUGAUUUUUUUUUU